AUGGCGGCGCCCGGCGGGGAGGCGGAGGGCGGCUUCGCGGCCUGGCUGGCGGCGCGGCUGGAGGCGCUGGGCCUGGAUCGCACCGUUUAUGGUGCCUACAUUCAGGGGCUACUCCGUGAGGAGGAGAGCGACGAGGAGCGACUGGAGGCCCUGCACGGUGUGCUCGCCGCCUGCUUGGAAGAAGAUCUCUUGAGUGAUGUUUGCAGAGAGGUGGUGGAGAAGUGGUCUGAAUCUCAGAUUGUGGACACCAAAGAGAAGAAAGAAGAUGAGAUCCAGGCCAUCGCCAGCAUGAUGGAGAAGCAGGCCAGGAUGGUGGUGAAGCCAAAGGAGGUGUCCCAGGAGGAGAAGCAGAGGAAAGCUGCCCUCCUGGCCCAGUAUGCCAACGUCACAGACGAGGAGGAUGGUGAGGACGAGCAGGACGGGUCGGCUGCGGCAGUCACCAUCGGAUCAGAGAAGUCUCUGUUCCGCAACACCAACGUGGAGGAUGUGCUGAACGCCAGGAAGCUGGAGAGGGAGCUGCUGAGGGAUGAGUUCCAGAAGAAGAAGGAGCAGGACAAACUGCAGCGAGAGAAGGACAAGCUGGCCAAGCAGGAGAGGAAGGAGAAGGAGAAGAAAAGGACACAGAAGGGCGAGCGGAAGCGGUAGCUGGGGGUUCCCAGCUGGACUCCAAAGGGAUAACCUGGAUUAGGAUUUGUGUUUUGGGAGCAGCAGGAACCCCGAGCCUGUGGCUGGCAGAGUGGCUCUGCAGAAGUGUUUCUUUGGGUUGGUUUGAGUUUUUUCCCCUCUGUUUUUGUUGGGUUUCCCUAGCAGAGAAGACAUUUCAAGCACCUCUCACAGUGGGAGUGUGCCAUGUGCUUGUGGUGUCCAGUGUCCCCCUGGGUGCUUGUGGCCAAUGUCUGUACCAAAGAGCAGGGAAGUGCUGCUGUCAGUGUGCUCCACUGGAUCUGUUUGGCCUUCCAAACACUUCCACCAAGGCAAAUGGUGAGGCAGGAGAGGGCUCCCAGGCUGCCUGUGGCCUCUCAGCAGCCUUGGUUUGCAGGAGCUGGGGGUUUGAGAGCAGAGCCCCAUCUGGGCUGCUCAUGGACAUGCUGCUACAGGGCAAAGAUGAAUUUUCUUGCCACCAGCCUUGCGAGGAGUUUGCAGACAGUGCUUCUGCCACUGCCAGAUCAGUGUUGCUGCUGCAGUCAGGCUGAGCAGGGCAUGCAGGGUUUGGAGCUGACCUCAGCUGGGGCUUUCUGCAGCCAAGCAAAGGGAACCUCAUCAAAUAUCCAUGAGUGCAGCUGGGAGGCUGCAGCAUCCCCAGGCCCCAGGGACAGUGAGCACGGUGCUGAUUCGAGCAGUGGCAGGGAGUUGGCUGAGCCCUGCUGCUAUUUUAGCACUUUGCUGGUGGCUGCUCAUGGAGCUCUCUUGUGUCCCCAGGGUGAGCAGUGGCUGCUGCAUGGCUCCCUGG